AUGCCUUCACCCGAGAUGCAAGCGUUCUUCUCGUGGUUCCAGUCGAAUGACGGGUAUAUCGACACGGCUGCGAUGGACGUUAUGGACUUCCCAGCGUCAGAAGGCGGACGCGGCGCGAUCGCGCUCGUCGACAUCCCCGAAAACCACACCGUGUUCUCGAUCCCGCGUAAGCUGCUGCUCACACCGCGCACGAGCGCACUGCCUGCCAAGAUGGGCGAGCGCGCGUGGAAGAAGACGUUCGAGCUGCAUCGCGGCUGGGCAGGCCUCAUCCUAUGCAUGAUGUGGGAGGCGGCACAAGGCGCACAGUCGAAAUGGUGUUCUUACUUUGAGAUGAUGCCUACGACGUUUGAUACGCCUAUGUUCUGGAGUGAAGACGAGCUGGCGGAGCUUAAGGGAACAUCGGUGGUAGACAAAUUAGGAAAAGACGACGCCGAAAAAACCUACGCUGAAAAAGUGCUCCCCGCGAUCCAGAGCCGUCCGGAUCUGUUUGCGCAAGAGGACAUUCCGACGCUGUACUCGCUCGACGUGUUUCAUAUGAUGGGCACGCGUAUCCAGUCGCGCAGCUUCACGGUUGAGAAGGAUGAGAGCGAGCUUGCUGAUGCGGGACAGGACCAGGAUGUGGGUAACGCGAGCAUGGGCAGUGCGAUGGACGUUGAUGAGCCGGAAGCGACUGGCCACGAGCAUGAAGAUGGUGCCGUGGAUGAACACAACGAGGACGAUGACGAGGGAGAGGAUGAAGAUGGAGAUGAAGCUGACGAAGAUGAUAAUACUGAAAUUGCCAUGGUCCCGCUUGCUGAUAUCCUCAACGCGCGAUAUAAGUCUGAAAAUGUCCGCCUGUUCUACGAACCUGAGUGCUUGAAGAUGGUUUCGACGCGAGUGAUAAAAGCCGGAGAACAAAUCUGGAACACGUACGGCGACCCACCAAACGCGGAGCUCCUGCGAGCUUAUGGACACGUCGACUGGCUUCCCCUGCCUUUCACAUCUAAAAGCGAAAGCGGAAAUGCGCAAGAGCAGGAGUACGGCAACCCCGGGGACGUGCUCGAGAUCCGCGCGGACCUCGUCGUGCAGUGUGUGCUGGACGAGCUGAACGCCAACGCCAAUGUGGGCGGAGGGAACAGUCCAAUGACGAUGGACGACAUGGAGCCGCGGAUCGACUGGUGGAUGGAGGACGUAGGCGAAGAUGUAUUCGUGCUGGAACAUCCCCUAGCGGACACCGACGCCUCUCAGAGCAGCACGGCCGAUCCAAAACAGCGCCUCGUACAAACACUCACCCCCUCCCUCCUCGCAUUCAUCCGCCUGCUCAGCCUACCCGCCGCCGACUUUGCGCGCGCGCAGCAAAAGGACAAAAUGCCCAAGCCAGGCGCGGACGCGCGGGCGCUGCGCGUCGCGCGCGCCGUGCUCGUGCGCAGAGCUGGGAUGUAUGUGGGUGGCGGGGUGCUGGAGGAUAAGGCGGCGCUUGGUGCGUUGGAUGCUGUGCCGGUGUCGGUGGGGGAUGUGGGGAAGAGGAGGAGGAGACAUGCGAUUAUGGUGCGGUUGGGCGAGAAGCGCGUGUUGGAGGCGCUUUUGGGUGUUGUGGAUGAGGCGGCUGGGUGGGUUGAGAAAGAGGAGGGCGCCGGGGCCAAGGACGAGAAGAAGAAUAAGCGCAAGGCGGCAAAGGACGAGGACGCAGAAGGCGGGCGGAAGAAGAGGCGGUAA